GGCGGGCGCCGGGAGGGGCCGGACCGGGUAGGGCCGGGAGGGCGGCGGCGGCGGCGGCGGCGGAGCUGGCAGCAUGGGUCCUCGCCGCCGGCUUCGCUGAGACGCGCUCGCCUGGGCUGCCCGCCCGGCCCGCUGCGGUCGCGGCGGCAUGAAGGGCGCUGUGGGGAGCCCCGUGGCCGCCGCCGGCGCCGUGAUGCAGGAGAGUUUCGGCUGCGUGGUGGCCAACCGCUUCCAUCAGCUGCUGGACGACGAGUCGGACCCGUUCGACAUCCUGCGCGAGGCCGAGCGCCGGCGCCAGCAGCAGCUGCAGCGCAAGAGGCGCGACGAGGCGGCGGCGGCGGCGGCGGCCGGGGCUGGUCCCCGCGGCGGCAGGAGCCCGGCUGGGCCCUCGGGCCACCGAGCCGGCGCGGGCGGCCGGAGGGAGUCGCAGAAGGAGCGCAAGACCCUCCCGGCGCCCGGCGCGCAGGGGCCCGACAGCCCUGGGGGCGGCCUGCAGGCGCCGGUAGGCCAGAAGCGGACCCCUAGAAGAGGGGAGCAGCAAGGAUGGAAUGAUAGCCGCGGGCCCGAGGGGACCCUUGAAAGAGCCGAGCGGAGACCCUACAGGGAAUACCGGCCCUAUGAGACCGAGAGGCAGGUGGACUUCACAGCUGAGAAGUUUGCAGAUGAAAAGUAUGUGCUGCAGUUCUCAGCAGGGUGGGUGGGGAACCGGAAAGGUUUUCAAAAAAAAAAAAAAUGCUACUUUACUGGCUACUGCUUUUUGUGGUGCCAGUCCUAGGAAUGUUUUCCUAAUUUACGUGCAGUUCAUGUUACCUUAGCUGAUGGGAGGGAUCUUCCUUUUGCCUCAUAGAUGACUUUACAUCUUGGUUCAGAAAAUGAUUGUACAAUUAAAAGUGAAUUGCUUAUUGGUAACUGUGAAGAGCACUUGUAAAAAGAAAUUACACAGGAGUGUGUUGAACUGGUUAAGUUUU